GCCGUUUUCACCAGCGAAGAGGCUGCGGCAAUCAGAGGUGUGUCACUCUCAAGCGGCGCCAAAGCCUUGAUUUGUUCAUGCAAAGCCAAGAAGAACGAUCCGGAAGAAUUCAUCAUGUUCGUCGUUCCGGCAGACAGAAAGUGA